UUUUCCUCCCAGGGAACGAGGAAAAGGGGAAGAAGAAGCGCAUGCCGUCUCUAUAGUAACUUAGUUUGCACUGUAAACGCUGUUUAGCCAAGAAGCUAACGGGGUUGUUCAUGAUUAUCGGGCUACAUUUGGUCUGGCUAUUGCACAUUUAAGCAUGACUAAAUUACACUACAGAGUCCUGGUAAGAUAGAAACGUGAUCAUGUUUCAGUUUGUGAUGCUGGGAACCAGGAGGCGAGCAUAUAACUUCAUUCAGCUUCCUCCGGAGAAGUGAACCAUUAAAGACAUGUCUUCCCCAGAAUCAACGGUGGCGGUACUGCCCAUAUGGGGCAUGGCGCUGCCUCUUCCCGCCGUGCUGAUGAUUGCUGUCGGCAUUUACGUCUUCGUCCUCGCGAUGGCGCUCUGGUUCCGCCAUUGUCUCAAGGACCGCUGUACAGGCAUGUGGAACGACUGCUGUCCGGACCUCUCCCCCUGUGAGCACUGCUUGGUGUGGGCGGAAUCCUGCGACUGUCGCCCGCCGUCUGUCCGCUCGUGCCUGGACAAUACCUGCCCUCCCCCCACCUGUGCCAAAUGGGACUGCACCUGCACAUGCCAGCCGCCCGAGUGCGAAUCCUGCAACUGCCUCUGCUUCGAGAUCAAGCUCCGCUAGCGUCAAACACCUAUAGGGUCCCCUCUGUGCCGAUGGACACGUGGUACUGAUGAUGGAGGGUGUCCGAGCGCACAGCGGUCGAAUGCGUUGUGAUACACGGCACCAGGCUUUUGUCGGGACCACAGGGGCUGGUGGGUAUCUAGACGUUCCACUCUUUCCAGCUCGGUUGGUGCAUUUGUUUGAAAAGAACAGACUCUCAGACACCACCGGACUGACUUUCACACAGACAGUGUUGUGUUUUGACGCAACAAAGGCACAUGUAAAUAUAUUGCGUCAUAUGUUCACGUGAAUGUCUGUAUCCUUCUUUCAUACCACUGUGUGCGAGUGAUCUGCAUUUGUACUCUACACCUGUGCUGCCUUCCCUCGAUUACAACUUUUGUUACUGUGUCAAAUAUAAUCUUAAUAUUCGAUAUGAUGUUCUUUUAUCCCAGGUGGGAAAUUACAAUAACAUAUACUUGUUUACAACACCGUUUGGUAUUUUACUUUUUUUAUUAGAAAAUGAACUCUACAUGAUUUGAGUUCCUUAUUGCCUUCGCGCUAUUUGCUAUUCUUUUUUUUUUAAAUCUUUGAUGUUCUUCAUAUCCAUUAGGUACAUAAUGCUUAUUUUAUAUUGAUUUUAGUACAGUUAUAAAGUCACUUGUUUAAUGUACUAUAUAUGUUCUACUCUUAAGUAGAACAAUAUAUUGUUUUCUCUCAUUCCUUGUGUGAGUUUUGGACAUUUGUAGUGCUUCCUAAUGCUCUAUUGCCAACACAACGUUUCCAAAACAAAGGAGGGAGAGAGGGAGAGACAGAGAGAGACGGAGAGAGAGACAGAGAGAGAGAAAAAAUAUUGAUCAGAGGGUAGGCUUAGCGUUUGAAGGUGGGUAAUGCUUGACCAGUCGUAUGUGUUGUGUGACCCCGAGGGCUAAGUGGGAGAAAGAGAGAGAGAGAGCGAGAGAAGGCCAUGAUAGCCAGCUUGUAAUGUUGACAAAGGUCUGCCUGACAAAGAAAACCGGUCCCCCGAGAUAGCAGUAUAGUCUUUCACCUAUCUUAAUAUUCUAUUGUAGCAAUCUUCAUGAAUACUGUCUGUGCAAUGGAGCAAUCGCCAACGUUGCUGCAAGAGGAAACAUAGAACCGUAACACUGCUGUGUGGUGAUUUGAGCGUGUUUGAAAUGUUGCAAGAUAUAUAAAGGCCUCUGGUGACACAUUCA